CAAAUACCGUAGGUACGGACGUGUCGGGCUUCGGAAUUAAAAGAGGCUACGCGUCUGCACUUACCCACGCUUUCCACUCGAAGGCCUCGCCAAGGCAGCCAUGACUGCUACCCCACGCACACCAUGCAGGCCAUUGUUCCAGGCCGGUGGCGAUAACGCCAUCCAUUACUUUAUCUCUUCAGAACCUCGACCCCAAAUCUUCCCUCCUCCAGGCGCACCUCUACCCUAGCCGCCAACUACAACCAAAAAUGCGAUUACAACCACUAGUUUUCGCUUUUAGCCUCGCGCUGCCCGUCGAUGCCGCUGCUGCUUGGAUCGAACCUUCGCACCGGGACCACCAAGCCGGCCGCCUUCAGCGCAGCAACGGCUACCCUAUUCUAACAUGGCUGCGUGAUACCGUCGUCGAGGCCUUCUUCGGCAAGCAGUUGAGAGAUGACGACCUCGACACCUACGAAAUCAACCCGGCUGUUGCUACGAGGCAUGAGGGUGGCAUCGUAGUUCGGUUCAACGCAACCACCUUGGAGCAGAAGCGCCUCCUCACUGACAUAACCCGGACACUUCAAGCUUUCGAUAUCUGGUCCAUCUCACACGAUCACGUCGACGCAAGAAUAUAUAAUGCCAAGAUAUAUCUCAAGAAGAUUGUCGACCAAUUGCCAGAUUCGAUGAAGAAACCAGAAAUUAUGAUUUACGAUCUGCCCGCCGCCAUCUGGGCCACGUACCCCAAGAAGACGACCGGGGGAUUCAGCUCGAGUUCCCUCGAUGUACUGACAUCCAGGGAAGGAAUGGGUAACCUAUUCUUCAAGGAUUAUCAGAGGCUGUCGGUCGUCACAAGCUGGAUGCGGCUGCUGGAAGCCAUGUUCCCAUCGCUCACAGAGAUGACGAGCAUUGGGAAGUCAUUCGAGGGGAGGGAUAUUCAUGCCCUCCGUGUCGGCGCACGCAGCGAAGAGGAAGAAGAGGGUGGUUCGAGGAAAACCAUACUUGUCACUGGAGGUCUUCAUGGCCGUGAAUGGAUAUCAACCAGCACGGUUACAUAUCUGAUGUGGUCCAUGGUCACCGCCUACGACAAGGACCCAAUGGUCACCAAGCUGCUCGAUAAAUUCGACAUCAUCUUCAUCCCUAUCCUGAACCCCGAUGGCUACGAAUACACAUGGCAGGAAGACCGGCUUUGGCGCAAAUCGAGACAGGACACCGGUACAAGCUUUUGCUUUGGCAUGGAUCUUGACCACGCAUUUGGCUAUGAAUGGGCCACGAAUAACAAGGCGGGUCCAUGCUCAGAGAACUACGGAGGCGAUUCCCCCUUUCAUGCCGUGGAAGCGUCGGAGCUGGCAAACUGGGCCAAGAAUCAAACAGCGCAAGGGGUCAAGUUUGUGGGUUUCCUCGAUAUGCACUCGUACUCGCAGCAGGUCCUGUUCCCUUACUCUUAUACCUGCGCUGCUCAGCCGCCCAACCUCGAAAACUUGAUGGAACUUGGUGUUGGACUGGCAAAGGCCAUACGGCUGUCGAGCGGGGAGGCAUACACAGUGACCUCUGCCUGUGAGAGUGCUACGGCAUACCGAGGAACAGACGAUACCCGCGUGGAAGGCGGCGGUGGCUCGGCUAUUGAUUGGUUCUACCAUGAAAUUGGAGCCAAAUACAGCUACCAAAUCAAGCUCCGCGAUACUGGUAGCUACGGCUUUUUGCUACCGGCUGACCAUAUCGUGCCAACAGGCGAAGAAGUGCUCAAUGCCCUCAAGUAUUUCGGGGACUUUCUCCUCGGCAACAAUGGCAUUGAGAAGGGGGAGUUUGAGGGAAGUGAGCAUGUCCAGAACCCGCCGGCCGAUCAAUGGAGUGAUCUGAAGAGGCGGAGAUAGAGACUUGAGGAUUGCACAGGAGCGGCGUUAUGGAUGGGUAUGGGCAUCGGCAUCGGCAUGGGCACUGGCAUUUUGUAUCAGUGGUUUUUUAGGUUCCUUUUGGCAAAGCGUCUUGAUGUGUAUUUGCAUAGCAGCUACAGAGUGAUACAGCGAUGCAUUGGAUAACUUUAUGCUUUUUUCCCCCACAUCACUUGCGGUCAGUCCACUGAUUCUAGAUUUAGCUUUUGCAUGUAUCGGACAAGGCGACGGAGUUCUCGACGUUGGGCCCAAAAAUAGAAAAUUGGGAAAAUGAAGCUUUCUCGUGAAGCUGGUCAUUGGGUAUAUUGGAUGGAGUCCUGCGAAAUAAGAGGCUGGUAGCGCACGAGGUGGUACCCGCCUGGUUCCAUAUCUUAUCACCGGGGGGUUUGAACAGCUCACCAGGGAGUUGUCUCAUCGUCGUGGGCGUGUCGCAUGUUUUUUGGGGGUUUGAAUUGGCUGGAUUUCUUGCAUAAGCCGAGCAUACAGCUGAGCCCGAGAAUAGAAAAGAGAGAAUCAUCAGGGCAUCAAAGAGCUAUCUCCAUAUGACUUGCCCUGUGAAGCUUCAAGAUAGGGCGAAAAUAAGGUCUGGAUAGCUUCAGGGGUGUUGCGUGUCUGCCCCGCGAUC